CGUCCCCCCAGCGGGAACAAGCGUGGUCCCGGAGCCGAGAACUAACGGGAGCCUUCCAGGGGAUGCUAAGAUGCUGGCCGUGCCGGAGUCCCGGAUGCACAGUCUGCAAAUAAGUACAAAUGGGGAGCAGUCGCCCUUGCUCACCCCCCCAAGCUCCCCGAGGAUGCAGGACAGCUGCAGCAUCGCUCCCCUCACCCCUUCUCCAUCCCCGAGGAGCGAGGCCCGCGCCCCCCGGCCCGCCCCCUUCUCCGUGGUGGUGGCCAUCGACUUUGGCACAACUUCCAGCGGUUAUGCCUUCAGUUUCACCAGUGACCCUGAGUCCAUUCACAUGAUGAGGAAGUGGGAGGGCGGGGACCCGGGUGUGGCCCACCAGAAGACGCCCACCUGCCUGCUGCUGACCCCAGAGGGAGCCUUCCACAGCUUUGGCUACACGGCCAGGGACUACUACCACGACCUGGACCCGGACGAGGCCCGAGACUGGCUGUACUUUGAGAAGUUCAAGAUGAAGAUCCACAGCACCAGUGACCUCACCAUGAAGACCGAGCUGGAGGCUGUGAACGGGAAGAAGAUGCCGGCCCUCGACGUGUUCGCCCAUGCGCUGAGCUUCUUUAAGAAGCACGCUGUGCAGGAGCUCAGGGAACAGUGCCCAUCCCUGCCCGAAAGGAACGCCAUCCGCUGGGUACUCACCGUCCCCGCCAUCUGGAAGCAGCCAGCCAAGCAGUUCAUGAGAGAAGCUGCCUACCUGGCGGGCCUAGUGUCCCCCGAGGAUCCCGAGCAGCUUCUCAUAGCCCUAGAGCCCGAGGCUGCUUCCAUCUACUGUCGGAAGCUGCGUCUCCACCAGCUCAUCGACCUGAGCUGCCGCCCGGUGUCCAACGGCUUCCUGGGCGAGCGGCGCUCCAUCGACUCCAGCUUCCGCCAAGGUGAGAGCGGGGACAGAGCCUGGCGGGCCGGCCCCACAGAGUGACGACCAGGUUUCUGAGCCUGCGGACCGGCCCUCGGCCGUGGCCAAGCCCACUUGGAUAGAGUCUUACCAGGGCCUUGGAUAAAAGGUGCUGGUGGGCGAGUCUGCCGUUGCAAGGGGGGGCAGAGGGAGGAUAGAGUCAGGAUCCCGAAGGACCGAGGCGGCCCAGAACAUGGGACCAACUGAGGAGAUGAGAUUUAAUAGAAAUAAAUGUAAAACCCAACAAGAAAGCCCAAGAAUAAUUACAUAAAGCAGAAUGAGGAGCCUGCUUACGGCCUGCGUGACCCGGGCAGCUCUAACUCUUCUUGUUUCAGAAACAGGAAAAUGAGGGAAUUAGAGGAGAUGACCUAUAAUGUCUCCAAGAGGUAGGUGGAUGGAGAGACAGAGAUAUAGACAGACAGAGAUGCAGAGAGGGAGAUAGAGAGAGAAACAGAGAGACAGAGGCCGAUAAAAACAGAGGAAAAAUAGAGGCAGGGGAUGGGGGAAACAAAAGGGAUUGUGAAGGAGGGAGAAAAGUAACAAAACAGAAAAGAUCAUAGAGUAAAGCUCUGAGAGAAGUGAAUGUCCGGGCAUUUCCUUGCUGUUUAGGAACUCACCAGUGGGAGGAAAGGCCACUGUAGGGGAUGAGGUGGGCUUGUCAAUUAACAGAAUUGGAGGUGUUCAGCCUAGAAAAGAGAGGACUUGGGAGGGGAGGGGGCUGGGAUAGCACUUUUGAAUAUUUGAAGAGCUCCCAUAUGCAAGAGGAAUUUGACUUUGUCACUUAACCACUCUGUGCCUCGGUUUCCUCAUCUGUAAAAUGAGCUGGAGAAAUAAAUGGCAAACCACUCGGGUAUCUCUGCCAAGAGAACCCCAAAUGGGGCCAGAGGGAGUCUGGAAUGAUUUCAUCACAAUAACUUUUUAUAAACAUCCUGUGCUCCUCACAGCAGCUAUGUGAGAUAGGUAGCAAGGUUACUAUUAUCCCCAUUUAAUGGAAGGGGAAAACUGAGAUUUAGUGAUAGUGGGCAAACCUUAUGACCUCUCUGAGUCUCGGUUUCUUCAUUUGCCAAUCGGGGAUGACAUCUGUAGGACCUCAGGAUCCAAAAUACAGUCUCUGCAGAGGGCUCUGUAGCCCUUAAAGCUCCAUAUUAGCUGCUAUUGUUACUGUUAGUUGAGCAUCACGUCCCCAUCAUGUAGCCCAUGACCUAUGUGUGGCAGGACUAGGGUGCCAGGCCUUGAUGCCCACUAGAGUUUGUGUCCUCGGUGGGCAAGGGAGACAGAGGAGCCUCGCCUUGUUGACCCUUUUCCUGGAGGGAAGGAAAAGCAGCCCAAUGGCCUCCUGGGGAUGGGCUGAGCCGAGUGGGAGAAGGGGAGGGGGAGGACCGUUGCUCAUCCCAGCCCCACCUACAGCAGGGGCACCUGUUUGGCUUUUGGGUGUGGGGCCCAACUCUCCUGGGGAGGGAGAGGGUAGGGACCGUUUCCGGAGGGAUGUAGAGCGUCACCCCCACAGAUUCCAAUCAGUGACAGAGACAUCCACUGGCUCUACCCAGGCGGGCUUGGGUUUGGUUUUUAACCCUUUCCCAUGAUGUCCAGCUCAUGCCAGCCCCGCCCAUUUGGAUGCCAACGUCCCACCUCCGCUCCCUACCAAGCUGAAGGCUCCCCCCACCACGGACCUUGCUCCCUUUCUCUAGAAUCAAGAUGCUUGGAGAGAACGGGAGACGUCCCUGAUCCUGAGCUUUUGGAGAGAACAGGAAAUGUCCUUUAUCUUAAGUUUUUGGAGAGAAUGGGAAAAGUCUUUUAUCCUGAGCUUUUGGAGAGAACUGGAGAAGUCUUUUAUCCUGAGCUUUCAGAGAGAAUGGGAAAAGCUUAUCCUGAGCUUUUGGAGAGAAAGGGAGAGAAGUCUAUCCUAAGCUUUUGAAGAGAACUUGGAGACAUCCUUUAUCCUGAGCUUUUGCAAUUGGAACCCUGGGAUGCUGGAAUUGUUCAGUUGCGCUCAGCUCCUCUGCGCCACCUGCUGGCCACUGGGUUCUGACCACCAAGUUAAUUUAUUACUCAUAAAAAUACAGCAAAUCCCAGAACUCGUGGGAGGACGAAUAGAGAACCAGUCUCCGGGUCGCUGAGACCUGUGUCAAAUCCAGAUUCGGACACAUAGUCUGGGCCAGAGGGAACGCAGGAGCACAACGGUUUCUCCUGGGAUCCAUGGGCAGAUUUCAGGGGCCGGGAUCCCGUUAUUUUCACUGCCCUUUGAUUUAUUUCAUGCUUCGCAACCCCAAUGACUGAUCCCUUGCAGGUCACACCUCACAGCCCUCCAGGUCCUCCAUGAGCCAGUGACACAAGAUGCCCCACCCCCCACUCCAGACCUUGUUGCCGGGGUCCCCCUUGCCUGGCCCGCGCUCUCUUCUCAUCUCUGCCUCCUCCCCCUCAGCUUCCCUCCAUCUCCGUCCAAGCCGGGCUUUCUUCAAGCAGCCCUUACUGCUCCCCCCCAUGAGAGUCUUCCUCUCUGCUGCCCCAUCCAAUUUGUCCUGCACGCAUUUUGCUUAUAUGGGGAGUUUCCUGAACAGGGGCUCCCCAGACCAAGGGAAUCUUGGGACCAGAUAAUGUCUGCUUCUCUUGCUGCUGUUCAGUCUUGUUCAGUCGCGUCUGACUCUCUGUGACCCCCAGGGUUUUCUUGACAAAGAUACUGGAGUGGUCGCCAUGCCCUUCC